CAUACCCUUGAGUUGUCAGGCUGAUCUAUUUACCUCCAGCGCAGGAGCUGAGAGUGCCAUCAACAAUCCUCCAUGUGGCACAGCUCCCACCCCUGUCACCACGGCUGCCACAGUCACCACAGACUCUUCUGUAACAGAUUUCAGUUUGUUCAAAUCAUGGCCUCCAGGGGAGGGUGGGAUCACAAGGGGGGAUGCAGAAGGGGAUAUAGAAAUACGGGUGUCUGUCUGUCAGUCCCACUUGACGUUGUGGGCACAACUCCUCCAAAACCACUCCACGGAUUUUGUUCAAAAUAUGUAGGAUUGUUAAUCACCAAAAGUGUGCUGUCAUUAUGAUUCAGCAGACUUUACAGGAGUUAAGGGACUUUGUUGAAUUUGUACAUGCUACACUAUAGGAACACUUAGUGGACGCAGCUCCUCCGAAACCGCUCACUGGAUUUCAUUCAAAUUUUGCAGAAUUGUUAGUCACCAUAUGUAGUUGAUCAUAUUGCGCCGCCAUUUUGAUUCAACAAAUCUUGCAGGAGUUAAUGGGACUCUUGUGCUUGAAAUUUUUUUUUUGCGUUGGCGGGGGGCAUUAUGAGGGAUACGUGUAGCAAUCUUGUUAUUUGAUGAGUGAGUAGUUUUACAGAAGAUCCAAGUCAGUGAAUGGGGCAUUGACAUUGGUUAAGAUUGCAUGUACGAUGCAUCUUGGAUACAUAUUACAAACAUACAUAGUUGAUGUACUUUCCAACUGAAUGUCCAAGCUAGUUAUGCCUGAAUAAUUAGAAAUCCCACAUAGGCUAAACACGCUUGUAGAGUAUGUGCAGGUAAAUUUUCCAGAAACUACAAUUUCUAAUGACAAUCAAAUUGAUUUGUCUUUUUGAGGAUUCAUUUGAUUUGAAACUUUGGCCUUGUUUGCAGACUACAUUCAUCAAGAUGUGCCUUACAAAUCCUUAAUUUCACUAUCUUUUUAAUUAAAGACUUCAAACUUUGUAAUUUCAUUUUAUAGUGAUUUUUAACAUGGGUGGAUAUUGGCAACCUUCUGAGGCUUCUUUGUUUGUAUGAGUGCAAGGCAUGAUCAAUAUGUAAUGUCAAAAACUCAUAUAAUUUUGUAUGUUAAUAAAAAAAAUUCUCUGAACGUUCCAAGGUAUGUUAUAAAAGAUGUGAAAUCGCUUAUUUUGUUUAGUCGCACAUUAUGAUUUGAUCAUUUUCCUGUUUGCAUUGUAUCUAUGAUUGUAUCACCAUGACGAUAAUGGAACUUUAAACACCAAAAACAAUUACUGUGUACUGUGGUUUCAUCCUAUAUAGUCAUGUUUUUUGUGCUGAGGGAAGAUAAUGAAAUUAAGCUUUUAUUGAAAAGGGAAAAAUGUAGGAAAGCUAUCCACAAGAUUUUAAAACAAACUAGAGGAGGGAGGGGCAAAACCACAAAAUUUAAUGCCCAAAGAAAUUAAUAAAAGUACCGAUAGUUUUAGCAUUUUUCCAAAUCUGAGUCCCCCACCAUCAAAUAGAAAUUCAUAUCCAAAGAAUUUGUUGUAUAAAACCAGAAAGAUUAUUUGUGUUGUAUGCUCACAAGAAGACAAACUUUUCUUCUCUUUCAUCAAACACAACAAUGUAUCCCUGGAACUGAAAUAAACGUUGACCCUAAUGUGACAACUUCUGCUCCAAUUCAAACUACUACAUCAGUACCCACAAAUCCUGACUGGGGAGUUCUGGAGGUGCCUGCUCUACAGCCUGGGAGAAAAAUAUACCAUCAGCCUGUCAAAGUGUCCAGGAACUUGGCAGCCACUGCAUUUGUGAGGGAGUAUGUAGUGGUCAGCUGCUGCACCACAGGGCUGCCAAACCUCCAGGCUGCCACAGUGGUGGUGGCUGACCUCAACAAGAACAGGACCAUUGACUGGACACAAGCUGCAGCUGAAGUGAAUGUAAACUCCGGGACACCAUACAGGAAUCCAGCCUUUGUCAAUAUAUCACCAUGCCCAUGUGAUAUUACCCAGAAUGCCUGUGACAUGGAUUGCUGUUGUGAUAAUGACUGUACCACUUCAGAUAGGAGUUCCUUUCGGGGCUGUAUCAGUGGUCUCCUUGGGGGUCAGGCUGCCUCCUACCCUGAGUAUUACUGUAAAUCCUCACAUCCCCAGAAAGAGGACUGGUUCCCCCUCAUGUGUGUGGAGAGGGAGUACAACGCCCUUAUUGGUUUUUACUAUGCUGGUUCCUCCACCAUCAGCAAUAUAGAGGCACUGAACAACAAGCUAGCAUCAGGGAGUUUCUAUUCAUACCGAUAUCCCACCACUUCGUCUGCAAACCAAGCAGACACCCCCUAUAAAACAGGCGUGUCUGUCGGAUCCAUCAAGCCCUCCGUGAAUUCAGGAGAUCCUAUGAGAGUGGGGACAGUGACCCUUCCCCAGAGAAUUCUGUCAGGCCAGUGUCUGACCACAGCACCUGUUCGCUACCUAAUGGACCAACAGUCAGACUGCACUUUCACUCUGACGCGCGAUAUGUGCAACAGUGCUAGUGUGUUUAGUACCUUGUUUUACAUUCAGUCCUCCAGCACAAUAGGUCCAUCUUGUCCAAAUGCCUUCUCAAUCCAAGGUAGCCCAUCAGAUACCACUGCAACAGAAACUGAUGUGAAAUAUUUCUGUACAUCCGAUUUCUCAGGAUACGUAAAGGAUAUAAAUUCCAACAUUCCAGAUGUCACAACAUCAACAUUAUUUAACUUCACUCUACCUACUGAUGAAAGUUGUUUGGAUGUCUGUGGGAACUACAUUUGUGAAGAAAAUGUGAUAGUAGACACAGCAGAGACCACUAGAGGAACUCGGUGUGCCUUUGAUGAUGGCACCACAUGCCCACCAGUGCCCACCAUCAAUGGCGCCACUUGUGAGAAUGUUGUUUUGGAUGUGAAGUAUGAAUUUGAGUGGAAAGGUUCUAGGAUUGUCAGGCUGAAUGCCACAGUUCUUCUGGGAAAUGUUCCACUGUCGACAGGUGCAGCUCCAGUAGAGAUCACCCAGAAAUACCAAGCCAACUUUAAUCAUCAGUAUGAUGCCAAUGGAACUGUAGCCUCCGAUAACUACAGAGAAGUCACAACGGCAUUUGAUCGCUCAACAGGUUAUGACUUUGGUAAACUCCUACAGAGUGGAGUAGAGAUCACCAACCUGACAGAUAACUCUUUCCUGUACAUAAACACCAAUACAUCUCAGCAGAUAGCGGUGUGGGACACGGGUGUGAAUGGAUUGUGUUUUGGUGCUGGGAGAAAGUUGAUUGAAUUUGGAAAAGAUGUCUCCACAAGUUGUCUUGUAAAGCUCUCCCUUGAUGAUCUCAGAAAUUGUUCAAAUGUUCGGAAAACCUUGAUCAACAGACUGAAUCAUUUAAUGAAAGCAAGCAAAAUUGGUCGCCUGGGUAACAGUAACUACUUGAAUUUAGGUUACUGGAUUGAUGUUGCAAGAGAGGAUAUCUCAGCAGUGUGCACCGGAUUCCUGGACAACAUCGAGGAUGUCACAAAUAACAGCAAACUGUCGUACGAGGCCCAGGGACUCUGUGUAGAUAUCAUUAGUGGUAUUCACCUGGACAUCAUGUAUGCUGUCACAGGCAAAAUCAAUGCUACUGCCAUCUAUGAAGUCAUUGGUGCUCGCAUAAGUUAUAUAAAGUCUGAGUGGCAGUUGAGAUGCACCAUAGGCGACAUGAAUGCCUGCAACACACCUGGAUACGUGGAAACCUUUGAAGUAACAAGCUCUGUUAGGUUUAUCUUGGUACCAGGGAACACACCAGAGAGAAUACCAAGGUACAAGGAUAGCAAGUACAGUAAUAUAUGUUCCCAGGACAUUUGCUGGGAGGCCUUUAUUUACCCCCUCUCCUCUAGAUAUGAGGGCAUAGACAAAGACCAGAUCCUUGUCCAAGUUCUCCUCGUCAUUGUCAUUCUCGUCGGUUUCCUCGUCUUCCUCAGACCUUGGUGGUACAUCCUAUGAUCGAAAAGUCUGCUAGUUACUGUGAUAUUAUGAUUUAAGGUUGUGAAUGUACAUGAUUUCAUAGGUUGUGUAAAAAGAUAUAGAGAAGGUAUGGGAAUUUUAAAAAGUAUUGGAAGAUGAUCAUGAAUAUACAAGAGGAUACCGCUAGUUUUAAAGAAGUUAGUGCAGACAUUGGCUUGUACAUUUAUUGUACUUGGGUUAGUGAUAAAACUAAAUGUGUAAGCGAGAAAUAUACAGGGAUUUGAAAAAUGUAAAGAUAGUUUGUAAUAAGUGUAAAUCUACUGACGCAAUGGAUAAAAGGCUUACAUCUAUUACAUUGUCAAACUAUUUCAUUUUUAAUCAUGUAUGUUCAAGUGUUACCACUGAACACGUGAAUGGAGAAAUAACGCAACUGUUCACUGACAUUUGGUGAAGUUAAGAGAAGAAAUGAAGCACAAAAUUCCGUCCAUUUCGCUUCUCCCUUCCCAGGCUGUCUUGCAUAUUGAUCAUGAUAUUGAUUUCGUCGAUGGUCGACUCUUAAUGUGUGCAUGUUUUUGUAUUCCAAACAUAUGCAGAAUUAGGCAUUAGCAUUAUGAAAAAAUGUUGAUUUUGAGUGCAUGUUGGUAAGAAAGGUGUUAACUUAAGAGAGAUCUGUCAUCAUGUUUUAUAUAAUGAAAUCUACAUGUAGAUAUAUAUUGAAAUAAAUUAUUUUUCUACAAA